AUGGAGAUCUUGGAGUCCAACCUUCUCAUAUCAGUAAUAGGGGGCCUGGGCCGAUGGGAAAGCCUCGAUAACGUGAAGGUGGUCACCUUCCUGACCAUGCCCAUCGACCCUGAAAGCGACAACCACGCCCUCCAGGUGGAGGUGAUGCAUGAUGUGAAGGAUGCGUUCCUGGCGCAAGACGCUCUGGCCGUGGUGGUUGCGUUGGUCAGCCGGCCCCUCAUGCGGCAUGCAGAUGGCCACAUGUCAGACAGGGACGUGCUCAUCGUACAGCUUGUGGUCACUUUCCUGCGCAACUUGAUUGUCAUCCCGGAUUCAGGGUCCUCAUCAGGUUCAAGCGGCAGCCACAAAAGCAGGAUGAGCUCAAAGCUGCUUUGUCGUCUGCACGAGGACUCUGUGCUUGAGCUGUUGCUUGUGAUGGCCCAGCACACCUCGCGGGCUGAUGCUCCCCUACUUCUCGAGAUCUUUGCGGCUCUGUUCAACCACUGUGAUGCUGAGGUCCUGCGGAAGCAUGAGCCCAAGGCAGCAACACUGCCCAAGACCUCACUUCAUGAGGUCCAGCAACCGACACCCACACCAAACCAACGGGCGCGGCUGGCGCCCACCAGCACCGAGGACAGGCAGCCGCCUCGCAUGGACAGCAACGCCCUGCUGAUCUUGAAAGGAUUCGCGGAGCAGUUCCUGAGCAGCAGCUACAACCUCCUCAUGGGCGGCCUGCGCAGAGACCUGGAGCCGGGCUUGAACAUCAGCAGGCUCUCCGAAGAAGACUUUCUGCGCUUCUUCAAAGUCGCUGGCUUCUUCACUUGUUUCGUUCGCCAACAGCAGGAAGAGGUCCAAAAGACCCGGCAGAGGAGCGGCGUAGAUGGAACCAUUGGCUCUGAGGAGUCUCCAUUCGCCUACAUUUCAGCCACAAUGGGCUGGGAGAUGUUCUACCUUGUGCAGUCUCAUGCCAGCCUGGCCUUGCUGAAGGAGAUGUUGUUCACGCUGGACAUAGCUCAGAGGACCGAGGCCGGCGGGUUCCUGGUGCAGAGACGCACAGCUGCUGCCCGCCGGAGGAAGGCCAGCAAGCAGAGUGAGGCGGUCCUGGAGCCAGGCAGCGACCACGAGGAGAAGGCUGCCACUAGUGAUGGCACUGACCAGGGACAGUCAAGUCCCACGGCCGCCGCAGGGGACACCGCUGCUCCAGCCGCUACGCCUGCGACGCCGGCCACUCCCCUUCGCCAGGCUGGUCAUGCCAGCAGCUCAGAGCACGAGGUGUCAUCGGCCGCGAAGAAAGGCCGCGACAAGGACCCCCUGGAACAGCUGCUGGAGGAGGAGGGAGAGGACCAGCAGGAGCUCGAGCAUCGGCUCAAGGAGGUGGCAUGCGACCUGCGGCAGCGAGUGCGCCAGGAGCUUGCGUUCCCUGCCAUCGUGCACUUCUACACGUGGCUGCUGCAGGGUUAUGCCACCAACAGCCGCUUUGUCAACCACUGUCUUAUCACCUUCCUCCAGCGCAUCGCGGACCCUGAUGGCCUCAACUUGGAGCCCAUGCUGUACCAGGUGUCCGUGCUGCGUGUCUUGCACCAGGUCCUGUCGGACGCGCCCUUCCGCAAACAGCCUGGCGCCUCUGAGGUGCUGUCCUUCGCGGCGCGCAUAGUGCGCAGCGUCAUUGCAAAGCUGGUGCCUGGCCCAGCGGACGAGGAUGCCUGCCGUGCCGCUGCAGAUGAAGGGGAGGAUGGGCAGAUGGGCUGCGAGAAGGCUCUGCAAAAGGGGCUUGCAGCCAUGAUGUUCGUGGAGCUCCUGUUCUGGAAGAACGCCCACGACUCCGAAGAAGUCCGUGACGAGUACCACUGGAAGGCGACAUACAGGAAGGAGCAGUCCGGGGCUGGGGAGGAUGCAGAGCAGUCGGAUGCAUCCGGCUCUGAUGCGGCGGCUCCACACGCGGCGGCACCCCAGGGGCAACGAAGGAAGCGGGCGCGGUCUGCGAUCGCUUUCAGCGCGGAUGACAGCACGCUGUUGGUAGACCUCUUUGAGAAGCACGGCAACAGCAAGGGCUAUGUUGACCUCAUCCGCACUGACAUGAGCGACAGGUUCAAGCGCUCCCAGAUCCAGCGCCAGCUGAAGGCCCUCGGCCUCAAGAAGGGCCAACUGACUGACCGCCAGAAGGGCGAGCUGCAGCGGCUGUUCCAUGCGCACAAGGGCAAGCGUGACAGCCUGGCGAAGAUCGCUGCAGAGCUCCCCGGGCAGCUGAGCAAAGGGCAGAUCCGGACCCAGCUGCGCCGCCUUGGGCUGCAGCUGAAACAGAGUGGUGCUGGACAGGAGCAGGGUGGUGGACAGCGCAGUGAUUCUGAGGACUCGAGCAGGGGGGUGGGCAACCUCUUCUCUGACGCCAGCGCAUCCCACACCGACAGUGAAGCGUCUUCAGACCAGGUGCUCACCAAUGACUAG